GAAGUGACGUCCGUGACUAAGACAGGUUCGGGGAGGUUCUGAGCUAGUCGCUCGGGUAAACAGUGUUGGGGUUGUGGUCCGGCGGUCGCUAUGAGCUGCACCAUCGAGAAAAUCCUGACAGACGCUAAGACGCUGCUGGAGAGGCUGCGGGAGCACGAUGCGGCUGCCGAGUCGCUGGUGGAUCAGUCCGCGGCGCUGCACCGGCGGGUGGCAGCUAUGCGAGAGGCGGGGACAGCGCUUCCGGAACAGUAUCAAGAGGAUGCAUCGGAUAUAAAGGACAUGUCCAAAUACAAACCUCACAUUCUGCUGUCCCAAGAGAAUACACAGAUUAGAGACUUACAGCAGGAAAACAGAGAGCUAUGGAUUUCCUUGGAGGAACACCAGGAUGCUUUGGAACUCAUCAUGAGCAAAUACCGAAAACAGAUGUUACAGCUAAUGGUUGCUAAAAAAGCAGUGGAUGCUGAACCAGUCCUGAAAGCUCACCAAUCUCACUCUGCAGAAAUUGAGAGUCAGAUUGACAGAAUCUGUGAAAUGGGAGAGGUGAUGAGGAAAGCAGUUCAAGUGGAUGAUGACCAGUUUUGUAAGGUUCAGGAGAAACUAGCCCAGUUAGAGCUUGAAAAUAAGGAACUUCGAGAAUUAUUGUCCAUCAGCAGUGAGUCGCUUCAGGUCAGAAAGGAAAACUCAGUGGACACUGCUUCUCAAGCCAUCAAAUAACCAGCUGCUGAAUGACAGCUGGAGAUUGUUUAUUAAGGAAGGACGUUAUCUUUCUAUUUGAGCAUUGUCCUUUCAGUGUCUUGCCUCAGACUUGAUUUAGUGUUGAUAAAAGAAAUCAGGUGGCAGUUUAGAAUUGGCAGUCAAAGUUGGCUGUCCACAAAACAGUUUUUGGGUGUGUCAGUGAAAAUACGCACUGAAUUUCACCAUUCCCUUCUCUAAGAGACGAUGUUUAAUUUUCAUUUCUGGGACCUCGAUUUCUAUAAACUGGGUUUUCAGUUCAUUUUUGGUUUUUCACAUCUCUGAAUCUUUGAGCAUUGUAUUAUAAGGCAGUGAUUUGAUUUUACAUAGGAUUGUAAAUCAAAAUUAUGAAAAAAUUUAAAGAGAUUAACUUCUUAAAUCUAUUUGGCAUAAACCCAGAUUAUUCUCCAUUUGAGAAAAACAAAAUUCUGCAGAACUAGAUUGGCAAAUUCUCUGAUCUGUAAUGCCGUUCACUUUCUAUGAAGUUGUAAGUCUCUCUGGUGCUAAGAGUUUGCACUUCAUGGCCUGUGUCUUUACUCUGAAUUUGAGAGAACCUACUGCUAGUCUCCAGGAAACGCUUGAAAAUAAGUCAGCUGGCCCUGGCCGGUGUGGCUCAGUUGGCCGGAGUGUCGUCCCAUAACCAAAAUGUUGCGGGUUCAGUUCCCCGUCCAGAUGCAUACAGGAGGCAACCAACUGAUGCUUCUCUCUCGAGUAGAUGUUUCUCUUCCUUCCUCUUCUCUCUCUAAAAGCAAUGAAAAAAUGUCCUCGGGUGAAGAUAAAAAUAGUAAGUCAGCUGUUUUUUCCCAAUAGUAGGAUAGUCAUAUGUUCAGAGAAUGCUGAGAAAUUAGUCUUGUGUAUGUGGACAUACACAUGCACACUUAGUUCAAAUGCUAAAAGCUUUUAUUUGUUCUCUUUGAUAUUCAUAAUCAAUUUUUCAGUUUUUUCCUACUAGGAAAUCUUAAACUUAGGUGGUUUACCUAGCGUGAAGAGCAUAUAGUAGGUUUACUCACAUCUUAGUUCUCAGGUACUACAUUCUACUAUUUAAUUUAUAUAUAAUUUCUGUUUAUAUUUAAGAACCAUCAUUUACUUGGAAAUCUUUCAUUACAAGUACCAAUAAUUGGCUUUCAUUUUAGAUCCAUUUUUCACAAGGAAGCAAGUUUUAUCACUCAGUGAGAGUUAUGUCACAUUCAUAGUGCUGUGCAGACAGCCAAGCAGUGUUGAGAUUCAAGUGCUGAGUGGUCAGCCAAGCUCAUUCAUCAUCUCAUUCCCCCAUCUCAUUUACUCACAUUACUUCAUGUUAUACUAUCAAUUUAGAUUUGCUCCAAAAAAACUGAAAUAAUGAAUGCUAGACCUGUCAAUAUUUUCUAAUAACAUUAAGCAUCAUAGUACAUGAGAGAAGCACAGCAUUAAAGAGUUCUGUGUUAGUGUUUUGUGUGAUGUAAAAUUUCUUUUGUACUGCCAUAAAAAAUUCCCACUAAAACAACAAGAUCUCUCCAAGAUAUCCUAAGAGCAUCUGAUCCCAUUGGUAAUACUAAUGAACUUUGCGUUCAGUAGUGAGCUUUAACGACUAUGUAUAUGUUCUUUUAGAAUUUAUCAAGUUUCUAUUCAAAGUCCUGCAUAGAACUUGAAAAAAAAAAACAUGUCUACCCCAAGUGUGGGCACCUUUAUGUCACUUCCCAAGAGGUAAGUAAACUUUUAGCCCAGCCAUUUGCCUUGAAGUAUACGCCCUAAGUCCCACCACAUGUCCUGCAAUUCCAGUUCAGAAGGUAGGUCCCCUAUGCCAUUUGUCAGCUGCCAUGGCCACUUUUCAGUGAAAGUGGUAGUCAGAUGGCCCCUUGAAGUGAAACAUGGUGUCCCUUUAUCUGUCUGAGGUUCUUUUAAGUUGUUUUUAAAGUGCUGUGCGUCUCAGGAUAGAUGUGUUUGCCCACUUUUCCCCUGGCAAAUCAAAAGCUUUAAGUCUGAAUGAGUCUAGCUCUCAGCACUAUACAUGACAUAAAUUCUGGCUGGUGUUAAUGCUUUGAAGAUAAUGUAUCAUUAAAAUGCAAAGUAAAAGAAUGUUUUUUCACUUUAUGUAAAAAUGUUUUCUUUGCAGUGGAUGGAGGGACUGGACUGGUUUGCAAAAUCAGUACAAACUUAUCUUUGUAAUAAAAACCUGAUUUAGAAAAUGUCAGCUAAUUUUAAUCAGUAAUGAGUCUAAUUACUAGGAAGUGCAAAGGUUUAUUUUUCACAUGUAUAGCAACCUGUUAAGUAGACAGCAUUUUCAUAAAUAUUUUGUAAUUAACACAAUGUAGGCGGCAGUUAACUAUACAAAUAGUUGUUUUUGAAAUGGUUUUAGAGAUUUCCUCAUGAUUAGAAAUCAAAUUAUGUGAUUCCAGAUCAAAUUAUAAAAUUGAAAUUAAAUUUGGAAGUAUCUUGAAAAUGAUUAAAUAUUACCGAUAUUUACUUUUAUUACCUUGACUUAUAUUCUUAGACAUAAUUUGAUUCAAACAGUGAAGGUCUAGUUCAGUGUUCCUCAAAACAUGGUUCAUCAACCUACUGAAAUUGAAAUUUGGAAAUGGGGUCCAGAAAUGUUUAUUUACUAAUCAUCCCAGAUAACUUCUUUUUAAAAAUAUGUAUAUAUAUUUUAUGUAUUGACCUUUUAAAGAGAGAGAGAGAAACAUCAGUUUGUUGUUCCGUGUAUUUUUAUAUAUUCAUUGGUUAAUUCUUGUAUGUGCCCUGAUGGGGAGUGGAACCCACAACCUUGUUGCUUUGGGACAACACUGCAACCAACUGAGCCACCCAGCCAGGCAUAUUAUAUAUUUUUAGUUUAUUGAUUUGAGAGACAUUGAUUUGUUGGUGCACUUAUUUACACAUUCAUUGGUCAGUACUUGUAUGUGCCCUGACCAAGGAUCAAAGCUGAAACCUUGGUGUAUCAGGAUGACGCUCUAACCAACAGCUAGCCAGCCAGGGCCCCGAUAACUUCUGAGGACACUUAGGAUGCUGUACCUUUUGUCACUGUCCAAGAAUGCUAAAGAGGCAGAGUCUUCAGAGCUUCGAUGAACUACAGUUCACUCUACAUUUCAUAGAGCCUCCUAGAAAUACAUGUGGAAUUGACAGAAGUGAAUUUCUGCAUCUUCCUAAUUCUAGGAUUCAUUUCUAUUUUAUUUUUAACAUCUCUGAAAUUGGGAUAUGUCUUAUACAUGUAGGGGUUGUGGUGUGGUUGAUUCUGCGCGUAGACAAAGUUGGUUUGCAUCCCUAGUAGCAUGACUAGGCAAAGGGCAAGCUCUUGAUAUUUCGAUCAACAAACUAAGAACCAUUUGAGGAAGGAAUAGUUUAGUUGUUUUCUAUGAAUUUUUCAUUAACACUUUCUUGUAAGAUCAAAAAAGUGCCAGCAUAAGAACUUGGAGGACAGCUGUAUGUUUUCUAUUGCUGUAUAAGAAGUCACCACAAAUUCAGCAGUUUAAAGCAACAUCCAUGUAUUAUUUUGCAGUUCUGUGGGUCAGAAAUCCAUGCAGGGCUUGAUUGGGGUUCUUUCCUCAGGAUUUCACGAAGCUGAAAUCAAGGUGUCAAACGAGGCUCUGGAUCCUCCCAAACUCAUAUGGCAAAAUUCAUUUCCCUGCAGGUAUUGAACUUGUAGGCCUUCAAGGCCAACAGGAGAGAUCGUGUUUCCCUUAUCUCCCACUUCCAGACUCCCUCUCAAGAGCUCACCUGACUAGGUUAGGCCUAAUCAAAAUAUUCUCCCUCUGAUUAAUCCAACUGAUUACAGAUCUUAAAUAAACUUGCAGUAAUACCUUUGCCAGAGGGAGAUAAGAGUGAUGUCCUAGAAUACACACAGGUCCAGCCCAUUCUCAAGAAGCAUGUGCAACAAUUCUAUGAUUCCCACAUGUGGUGGGAAUCAGAAUUCUGCCUACCACAGUGACUUUUAGCAGCUUGGAAUAAAAUCCUGAAGACAACAAUGAAGCACUCUUAGGAAAUGCUGCAUUACCAGUAUUACUGGUGGGCCAAGAAUAAUUCUGUACGGAAAAUAACCUGCAUAUCCAUGAGCCAAAAAGAAAUCCACCAAUAUAUGCUAAAAUUAGUGGGCUAAAGUCUAAGCAGAAAAUGAUAUUUGUCUAGUCUCUGCAUUCGUUUUCUGGAGUUGCCACAAGUCACCGCAAACUGGAUGGCUUAAAACAAAUAUAUUCAUUCUGUCGCAGUUCUGGAGGCUGGAAGUCUGAAGUCAAAGUGUUGGCAAGGUGGGUUCUUUCUGGAGGUAGGAUGGCUCCCAUCCCCUCUUCUAGCUUCUGGCCAUUCUUGGCAUGCCUGCCUCAGUCUUCACCUAGUGUUCUCCCUGUAGGUCUCUUGUCUGAAUCUCCCUCUUCUGAGGACACUGGUCACCAGAUUAUGGUCUACCCUGAUCCAGCAUGACUUCACUCUAACUUGCUUACAUCUGCAAAGACCCUAUUUCCAAAGAACACCACAAUUCUGAGGUUCUGAGUAGAUGUGAAUUUUGAGAAGACACUCUUCAAACAAGUAUGGUCCCGAAGUAUCCCUCAAAUAGUAAUUAUAAAGGGAAAAAUAGUAAUUUUACUAUGAAGAAUCCUGGCAGACAUCACUGUAUCCAGCUGAUUAAGGUAAUGUGACCAAAACAAAAAGGGUUUCUAUGGAAAAUAACCUCACAUGGUGAUAUGAUCCUAAAUUCCUAACUGGGCAUGUCAUGGUGGGCAGUCACACCUCAGGCACAUAGCUUCUUUAGCAAAAGGCCUAUCUUUGCCUUAAGCAAGACAUGUCCAUUAUUUCUGUGCACGUAGGUUAACAUGCCAUUGAAAUGCCCCAUUUCAGACCCUUCCUUCUAAAGCAUAACACCCUCAAGAGAGCACAUAAUCUUAACUAUCCAGUAAUCAAAUCCCCGCCUUGCUUUCUCCCACCUUCAUGUAAUCCUUACGAUCCCUAAUUUCAAGUACAUAAAAGAAGCUGCACACUCAUUCUCAGUCUGUUGAGAUCUUGCUUCCAGGCACAUCCUCUGUUUGACUUAAAUUUUUAUAAGCUGUACAGGUUUGGACAUUCUUAUGUCAACAGUAAACAAUAGGACAUUUCAACAUGUACCCCCGGAGGAUGCAAUGAGUAGGGUAUAUCACCUCUGUAAUCUUUCAAAUAAUGCAUAACCUCAGUCUAAUCAAAGGAAACAUCAGACAAAAACAAAUUGAGGGACGUUUACAAAACAUCUCACUAAUACUGUUCCAAAGCUUCCAGGUCAUGAAAGACAAGGAAAGACUGAGGAAUUGUAGGAGGGAGGAGGCUAAGGAGGGUAGGAUCCUGGGUUUGACUCGGGGAGAAAUGGGUAUUAGAAAACUAGUGAAACCUGAAUAUACAUUGUACUUCAGUUAAUAUUGUGUCAAGGUUAAUUUUCUAGUUUUGAAAAUUGUUCUAUGGUUAGGUAAGAUUAACAUAGGAAACUGGGUCAAUGGUUUAUGGGAAAUUUCCGUACUAUUUUUCCAAUUCUUUUGUAAGUAACAUUAUCUCAAAUAUGCAUUCCCCAAUUAAUGAGGCUGAACAUAACUUCAAAUGUUUAUUUGUACAGGUUUUUUAAAUAUAGACAUUUAAGUCAUUCCCUCUUUUUUCCUUUUCUUGAACUUACGUACUAAUAUAUAUUCAUGAUACUAAUACGUUGUCAGUUUUAUAUUUUGCAAAUAUAUAUUCUUCUAAUCUGUUGACUUAUUUUGGAGUUGCCUCUUAGUGGAAUUUUUAAAAUAUGGUCAAAUUUAUUAAAAUAUUCAGAAGAGUUGGGCUUUGCAAAGAAAUUAUAGGAAUACCCUAACCAACUUACUUUGAUUUUUUUUUCACUUUAUACUCAAGAGAGUGACACAUAAAAAGUCCAGGUCUAAAUAAGUUUAAAAGAACUCUUAAUAAAUAUAAAAAUUCUAAGUAAUAAAAAUGUCAGUAAAAA